AUGUCCCUGCCUCUGAGGUUCAUUGGAGAAAGUAUUCAAGGUUUGGCUUGGGCUGGAACUGAGGGGUGCUAAAUUGGAGGGUCGGAAAUGGGGAAUCUGGUUUUGUAAUUCCCGUAAUUCCUAAGCUACUUGGGGCUGAUGGGAGUUCGAGUCUAGACUGAGGUACAGUUAGUUUAGAUUGAGGUAUAACUGUCCGUAUAGCCGCAGCAUAACCCCCAACCUUUGGGAAAUGCAAAGAGUAGGUCUGCAAAACAUACUGGAUGCAGUUGUGGGGGUGAAAUAUAGCCUGCAUUGCACUUCAAGGCCCAGCUUCCAGAGCCUCCCGAUUCUGCUUGAGCCCCCCCUUCGCCUCGCUUGCAGCAAGUGGGCGUUUGCACUCUGGGUCGGCGAACAAAAUCUCCCAGCCGAGAUUCACGCCUGUCAGCCACAGCGCUGCCUGCCUUGACAACCAAAAUUUGUACUACAUACUUUCGAAGAACUCUGUGAUCCAAGAAUUUGAAGGGGGGGAGAAGGAACAACACACAAAUAAAACAUAAGCGUUAUGAAAAUUAGAAGGACUUUCAGAGAGGAAAACCGCAACAAGGGGGGUGGGGAGUGGGAUUAUCCUUCUGGCUUUUACAGCAAAACAAAGCAUCUGCCCUAGAUACCAGUGUUAAUUAAACCAAGCAGUUCUUCUGCUUCCGAAAGCAUCUCUGGGAAAUUAAUUAAAAUUUCAUUCUGGAUAAGGUUUUUACACAGAAGGCUAAAAGAAAUACACACACACACACACACACACACACACACACACAAAAAAAAAACAAAAACCCCUACUAUCUAAGAACAUACUGUUGCAACUUGAGGCCAGCAUACAUAGUACUGCUUCCCCCAAAUUAUGACAGCUUUUUUGGAGCUAUUGUGACUGCAGCAGUUGCUGCCAGCUGCAUCCAUGGGGCAGAUGACAUGCAAAUAAAGCCCAUGCCAUUCCCCCCCCCAAACUUCUUUCCUAGAAUUGCUUUCUCUUAUUGUCAUGUUUUGAUGAAAAUAUUUGUGUGUAAGUUCUUCUGGACGUUCAACUCAAUGUACAGUGGAACCUCGGGUUAUGUACCAUCCUCCUUACGAACGCUUCAGGUAACGAGCUCUGCUAACCCGGAAGUAGGUGCUCUUGGUAGCAAACUUUGCCCCGGGAUGCGAGCAAAAGUCACACGCCGGCGGCACAGCAGCAGCAGGCCCCAUUAGCGAAAGUGCGCCUCAGGUUAAGAACGGUUUCGGGUUAAGAACGGACCUCCGGAACGAAUUAAGUUUGUAAUCGGAGGUACCACUGUACAUGUUAGGUUUGCCUAGGGCAUGGAUAGCCAACGUGGUGUUAUCCAAUUCUUAAUGUUCUACCUUUCCCAUCAUCCUUGACCAUUGGCCAAGCUGGCAGGAGCUGAUGGGAGUUGUAGUCCAACAACAUCUGGAGGGCAGCACAUUGGAGGAAAGUUGGGUAAACUGGCCCUUAGAAGGUAACAAAUAGUAUGUGUGGUGUGGUUUUUUUAAUUGGUUUCAUGAGGCCAAUUGUCCAAAUUUUCACUCUAUUAUGAGUUAUCCAUGACUGUGCAAGCAGAGCGUAGUUGCCAUGUGUGCUUUUGAAGGCUGUAGGCUUGGGCUGCAACCACUGUGAUCUCAGAGAAUGAAAAACAUGUCUCCCUGUUACAUAAGCAAGCCUCUUCUGUCAUUCAAAAUGAUCAGUGCUGUGGUAAAGGAGAGCAGGGGCCAGCCCUCUAGCUUCACCACUUCCAUAGCUGUCCCCCAAGAGGUUUUAUCUAACUUCAUUGUCUUUGGCUUUUCUCCUGACUUUGUUGUGUCUUUUACAUUCUAGCUUCCAAUGCUAUUACAGUUCACUUUCAGCCACUGCUGCCAGGACAUCCCUGUCUCCCAGUUUCAUUGACAACAGUCACCUAUCAAUGCUGGCAUUCAGUUAUGAUCCCUGGAGAGCUUUGGGGAAGAAGGCAAGACAGCUGUAUACCAACUGAAGGAGCACAUAUUUGA